CUUGAAGAGCUCCAUUUUGUGAGAGCUGGUGGAGUCGACUGUAUCACUGUCCCGGUCAGAAGCCAGACCCAGAAACAAGUUUUGAAAAAGAACAAAGUUAGCUGACGACCCGCCUGCUGACCAAGUUAUUAUCCGAAAGGAAAGCAAAUCUUAUCGUAUGUCCGCUAUCCAGAACCUCCAAACCUUUGACCCCUUUGCUGAUGCAACUAAGGGUGAUGACCGCCUCCCAGCCGGGACAGAGGACUACAUCCACAUAAGAAUCCAACAGCGGAACGGCAGGAAGACCCUCACCACCGUCCAGGGCAUUGCGACUGACUAUGACAAGAAGAAGCUAGUCAAGGCCUUCAAGAAGAAGUUUGCAUGCAAUGGGACAGUGAUUGAGCACCCAGAGUAUGGUGAAGUGAUCCAGCUUCAGGGUGACCAGCGCAAGAAUAUCUGCCAGUUCCUGAUUGAGAUUGACCUGGCCAAGGAGGAGCAGCUCAAAGUCCACGGCUUUUAGAAGCUGCCAGCAGCCCUCUCCCAUUCUCUCUUGGGUUGCCAUUAAGCGCCCAGCCUCCCCCUUCCCCUCUCCUCCUAUGCGCUGCUGUUGCUCUUCCUCCCCCUCUCCCCCCCUUAGCAACCUCACCAGCUCCUUUUUAGCUAACACGUGAAUUACCUCUGAACAACAUGGGACUCUGUAACACCACCAUCCCCCUACAACACCAGGGGACAGGCUCGCUCUCUCAAAGACACACCACUGCAGCUCCACACAACAUCAGGGAUGAGUGGUGAUGACCCUCCUGCACACACUUCCUCCUUCCAUGUCCCCUUUUUGUUUUUUUUUUUUUGUUUUUUUUUUUACUUUUAAGUCUGGUGCUGCAUUAAGUCGGCACCGUUUCAUGUAACAUUUUGUUUUGUACUUCAAGGUGUUUCAAUAAAAUAAUGAGUCUCCAUAUGUUGAAGUGGAGUGUUGUCAUGGGGAAUUGGGUUGGAAAGAGGGUCAAACGUUUAUUUUGUAUGUCUGAGAUAUGUUGCGUUAUAAGUUUACCUCUUUGGUCUGCUGAAGUUUUAGUAGCUACAUGAUCAUGACUUCACACUACCAUGAAGCAAGUUGGUUUUUACUUUUUUCUCUUUUUUUUCUCACACCAAAGCAGCAUUCAGUGGUGACCACUUCUUUGGUAAAGCGACUGCUGUAAUAAAAGCUGACGCACUCACUGUGUGAUCAGGUUAAUAUGCACCAGAGUGAUCUGGUUUGGUCCCACAAACUUGGUACUGGAAGCUGUGGUUAACUGACAUUUGAAAUGUCUUGUGAUGCAAUAAUUUCUAUACUUUAGAAAUACAGUAAAAAGCAGUUCCAUUUCUUUUGCAAAUUUGGUUCAAUAAAAUGUAUGCAGACUUGA